UUUUUAAAUGUUUGCUACCUCAGAUCUUCGGACUCGAUGGCUUUGUUGAUAACUUUUUCACAGAGAUUCCUUAGAAAUGAAUACAAAUAAAGAAUUGCAUUUUAAUUUAACUAAUAAACGGUUUCUUCCACAGUCGUUAAUGCGUUCGAUGUCAGUGGAGCAACGCUGGCAGGACCUGGCCUCGCUGCUGACCAUCCCGCCGCCGCCACCCCCUGACCAGUACCAGCACUACCACCACCACCACCAGCACCACAACAUCACUGCUCACGGUGCGGCUGGGGGCUAUGCGCCGAACUACCACGCUCAUGCCCCUAUACCGCCUGUUCCCGAGAAACACCCCGAGUCAUACGGUGGCGCCGCCGCUCCGCUAGAUGGCGCUUACAAGGUGGAAGCGGCGCAGCACCCCCAACAACAUGACCCCCUCUACUAUCAAAAUUCCACAACAGAAAUGACAGGUCCGACAAACCAAGAUGGCUUCUUACAAUCGAUUUUAAACGACGAAGACCUGCAACUCAUGGAUAUGGCGAUGAACGAAGGUUAGUCUUUAUAUAAUACUAGCUGUUGCCCGCGACUUC